CUCUGUAAGUUCAUCCUAGUCUGAAGACUGAACUCUCAACUGAUUGCUUUAUAGAAAAUUUCCAAAUGUUUAGUUUCCUUUUCAAAAGAGUCCCAAUCGGGAGAACCGUAAGAGAUCCAACUACCCAACUGGGUUUUCUGCAAAACCCUUCUUCAUCUCUCAAAUACAUCUCCUCAAAACCCUCAACAGUUCAGAACCCUUUCGUUUUCUCUUAUCUCGUCAGCUCAUGUGGGUUCUCACCCGCAGCUGCCAUCUCUGCAUCCAAGAAGAUUUGUUUUGAAUCCUCUGAUAGACCAGACUCUGUUCUUGCCCUCUUCAGAAACCAUGAAUUCACCGAAGCCCAAAUUUCCAGUCUCAUUAGAAAGUGUCCAUCAUUGCUUGUUGCCAGUCCUACAAAGACCCUUCUCCCUAAACUUGAGUUCUAUCAUUUGUUGGGCGUUUCGAGCCCUAACAUCGCCAAAAUGGGUCCAAGAUUUUUUUACUCUAGCUUAGAGAACAAAAUCAUCCCUGCUUUUAAUUUCUUCAACAGUGUAGUUGGGAAUGUGGAGGAUGUUGUUAUUGGCCUAAGACGUCAACCUCGUCUCAUCGAUUAUUUACAUAAUGUGGCUCAAAAUAUUGCAAUCUUAAGAGAAAAGGGAGUACCGGAGUCUAAUAUCGUGAGUUCACUGAUGGACUUUCCCAGCACAAUGACACCUAAAAAUGACCGGUUCGAACAGAUAGUUGAGAAUAUUCAGCUAAUGGGUUUCGACCCUUCAAAAUACUUGUUUAUUGUUGCUCUCCAUGGGUUAGCAUCCAUGAACAAAUCGACAUGGAAGCAGAAAUUUGAUGCUUAUCGAAGGUGGGGCUUUUCUGAUAAUGAGAUUCUCACAGCAUUUAGGAGGUACCCUUGGUUUAUGACACUUUCUGAGAAGAAGAUAAUGAGCCAUAUGGAUUUCUUUGUUAACAAAAUGGGUUGCGAACUGGCAGUUAUCAUCAAGUGCCCGCAACUUCUAGGGCUUAGCUUGGAGAAGAGGAUUCUUCCAAGGUGUUCAGUUUUUCGAGUAUUGAGGUUGAAAGGCCUAGUGAAGGAAGAUCUUAAAAUAGGACGUCUUUUGAUAAAAAGUGAGAAGCUUUUCCUGGAGAAGUUUAUGACCAAAUAUGAGAAAGAAGUUCCUCAACUCUUGGACCUAUACAAAGGGAAUAUUAGUCUGGGAGGACUAGGAUAUGGAACUGAGGAAUUUUGGAAAGAACCUCCUGUAAAAUGCUUAAAUGUUUGAAAUUCUGAUAUUUUUUGCAUCUAUUAAGGUAAAUGAUUCAGGAUGGGUCUCUAGGAACUUGACUGUCCAACUCCUAUGCCGCGGUGAACUGUUUUGAGCUCAGAAGGAAGGCAGUCAUCUGUCGCCUAGUCAAUCUGGUGCAUGUGGUUACUUUUGAGUAGGGGCUAGUCCCAUAUUUACAGUUUGACUUCAAUUUACUCAACCUUAGUAAAAUUUAUCUAGAAUUGGAUUCUUCGGGCAUUAAAUUAGUAAAAUUGGUUAUAGGAUGUCAGCUUCUAUGCAUUUGUGUAUUGAUAGGUUUUCUUUUAAUAAAAAGGCUGCUUAAUGUUGAGGAUU